AGUCGCGAUGUUGUGGCCUAGAGAAGCCGCCGAGGCCUGGUCGCCUCAGCAGCCAUGGGGCCCGUGUCUCGUUCGCGGAGCCCCCUGGACUCCCCGGGGCCCCGACGGGCACGAGAAAACGGCUCGGCCAGCCCCUCUCCGUCCAGGCACAGCCGCAGCCGCCGGUCUCGCUCUCGGGAGCACAGCGGAUUCCGGCGCCCGCAUCACUUCGGUUACCGGCAUGACCCGGAGCACUACGGCAAGGAGCAGGAGGAGUCGCUGCGGCAGAGGCGACUAAAUGAGAGAGAACGAAUAGGCGAACUAGGAGCACCUGAAAUCUGGGGACUCUCACCAAAACUUCCUGAGCCAGACUCUGAUGAACACACACCCGCAGAAGACGAAGAUGGAUCAUCUAAAAAGAGCAGCACCUCUGAGUCUAGUUCAGAAGAGGAAGAGAAGAAAAGGAAGAAGAAGAAGAAGAAAAAGAAAAAGGCUGCAGCACGUAAGUAUCAAGUUACAGCCGACUCAUAGGGCCCCUCGCUGUCGGAGUCUGGUGGCAGCUCCAACGGUGAGGAGGAGAAGAAAAGAGCCAAGAAGAAGCGAAAGAAGCAUAGAAAGAAAAAGAGCAAGAAAAAGAAGAGUAAGAAGAGCAGGAAGGAUUCUAGCGACUCAAGCAGUGAAGAUUCUGACGAGGAAACUCUGUAUGGGGACGAACUCUGGAUUGAGAGAUCAAAAAACACAGAUGCCGUGGAUUUUAUUGGCCCAGAAGCUCCCAUCACUCAUGCUUCUCAAGACGACCGCCCUUUGAACUACGGACAUGCUUUGCUGCCCGGUGAAGGUGCCGCCAUGGCCGAGUACGUCAAGGCAGGCAAGCGGAUCCCCCGCAGAGGCGAGAUCGGCCUCACCAGUGAAGAAAUCGCUUCGUUUGAGAAAUCCGGCUAUGUUAUGAGUGGCAGCAGGCAUCGGCGAAUGGAAGCGGUGCGUCUGCGGAAAGAGAACCAGAUCUACAGCGCGGAUGAGAAGAGGGCCCUGGCGUCUUUCAACCAGGAGGAAAGGCGAAAGAGAGAAAACAAGAUCCUAGCCAGCUUCCGGGAAAUGGUCUACCGAAAAACUAAGGGCAAAGAUGAGAAAUGAAAGACAUGUCCUCCUUAGUGUUGACAGGCAGAUGGGUGGGUCAAAUUCUUGACAAAUGGCUUUGUGCUACAGGAAUUUGGGGAAACAGUCCAUAGAUAUCCAUCUUAAGAACCCUGAUUGGUCUAGUGAGGCCUCCUGGAACUAAUUUGCAGGGUUUUUCCAACUUGCAAUCCAAGUCAGAUUAACCAAAGCGGGCCAAUCGGUACCACCACAAUGCCAAGAAACUACUGAGAAUAUUCUUGCUCCUUUGUCAUUGAGAAAGUAGCACUUUAAAAAAAAAUCAGUUGGAGCAAAAAUUUCCAUUUAUUGGGGUUGAGUGAAGACUGUUUUCUAUCAACUUCGACAAGAAGAACAUAUUAAGCCCUGAAUGGACUCUUAUAAGAUCUCUUAUAGGACAAGAUCUCUUAUAGGACAAGUGUGUUUUGUGAAAAAUGGCCAGGACAUACCCUGGGUCUAACUCUGCACCCAAAAAUCAGAAAUAGCUUUAAUGUUGAUGGUUGCCUUUAUAAGCUUCCUGCCUUGAACAGACCCACAAAUAUUAUUAAAACAGAGAAAAACAAUGUUUAAAUCAUGAUCUUGUUUUCUGGCUUAGACUGUCAAACGUGGGAUGUCUGCUACUUGUAAAUAGGAACACAAAAUAUUCUUUUCAUUUUGAGAUUUCUUGCAGAUUUAAUACCGUGUUAAGUCUGGCUUUCAUCAUUUUGCAAGCAAAAAUGCCUUUUGAGGAUCGGUAAAAUACAUUUCCUGCUCGACUAGGUGUAAAUAGCUUUUUUUUUUUAAAGCAACGCAGAGGAGAUGAACAACCAGCUGAAUGUUUUUUAACCCUUUAGUUCCUUCAAAAUGCCUUUAUAGAUAAAAUAUGUGGGUUGGAAUUCAAAGCCCAUGUACCAACUGCGGUGUAUUGAGAUUUUGAGUUUCUGUUCCCUUUUGUUAAUUUUGAGUGUACCCUAAACUUUAGAAACAGCUGGAGCCACAUUUUGAAACAAGGAAGAGGAAAAAAUCCCAAUGUAAAUACACCCCAGUAUCAAGGACACCUUUAUUGAAUGCAUUCUGGACAUUACUUUUUUGCACAGUAUGGUACACCACUUCUAAAUUGUAUUUUUAAAAUAAAAUGCCUUCCCUAAGUACA